GUUCGAAAUGUAGGCUUGAUUUGCAAGUAGGUAGUGAAAAUAAGAAUGAUUAUUGAUUUGAUGAGAAUCCGGGGUAAGCCGCAAGUGGCCAAAGUCGCACAUGUCUGGUCUGGCUAAACGUAUGGAUGACGUCAUGGCUCCGAAUGAGAGCAUCUCGACGUAGCUAAGGAUAUCAAUAUUAUUUGGAACUUCCUUUCUUCAAUUGACAUUAUAGUUACCACGCCAAGAAAGACGCAGCUUCUACCAUCUAUUUCACAACGUCCUUCUUCGCUCCAUACCCACAACCGACAAACCAUAACGACAAACCACAACCAUGGCCUCCCAAGCUCUCCUCCGCUCCCUCAACCUCCGCGCAACAGCCCACAUGCCAUUCCGUGCCUCGCUCCCCACGGCCGCAACCGUGACGAGGCCAUUCACGGCAUCCUCGACGACGAAGUUCGCGUACAAGGACACCCAGGACCGCGAGUCCCUGAACCCGGCCUCCAACGAGGGGACCAAGACGGGCCGCGACACGGAGGUGGCGCACGAGAAGGAGGCGUUUGACCCGUCGACGACGCGGCCCAAGGGCGAGAAGAGCGAGGACAGCGGCACGCUUGAUGUUUCUGGCGCGAACCAGGCCGCGUCGAAGCCGCAGGGGGAUAACCCCGGGGGAAAGGGUGCUGGACGAAAGGAAGGGGGCGGUGAGGGGAGCAGUGGUGCUGGAAGUGCGCCAAAGGCUGGGAAGGCGUGAGAUGUUAUGGUCUCGUGAAGUUCAGAUAGAUGGUGGGUCGGUCGUGAUGAGAGGUUGAUGAAUGGGUUUGGGAGAUGCAUGGCCGGAAGAAAGGAAGCUAGGGCUGGGCGGGAGGCGAAGGUCGAGGGGUAUGUAUGGCAUGGCAUAGCAUGGAAUAUACUAGUAUCAUCAGCAUCAGGACCGGGAGAGAUAUCGUUCCUGUCUCGGCUUUAAUUUACAUGACCAUUGAGCAAGUACGAGAGGCAGGCU